AUGUUUCGAUUCUGGACAUCUGAAUCACGGGGAAGCGACAAGACGCUGCCGGCAACACCACCAAUAGCAGACCUACUGAAGCCAUUUCAGUCACCUCUGUUACCAAAAACGAAGAUAUCAGGGUCGCCCGAGGCGCAGCCUCCCAAACGGAGACGGUCAAGCGUAUAUGGCUCUGAUGAAACGUCCGAUAUGAACGUGCCUAUAAAGCGCGCCAAGAUAGACCUAGAUAUAAUAGGCGACAGUUUCUCAGCAUCCGGCCCAAAACCACAAGAAAGUCCUACGGCCCCUAGUUUGGACGAUGCCCGGGAUGAGAUUCGCCAUCAGUUUGGUCUUGAAAUUUUGCUAAAACAUGAUGAACUUCGGCUCAUUAACCAGGAACUCGCGAAAUGCCAGGUUGCUCUGGAGCAGCUCAGACGUUGUCAUCUCAUCCCAUACCCUGUGAAUUGCCCAACUCCUGAACAGAUGCUGAAUGUCAGUGCCGGAAAGGGACCUGCUAUUCAGACGCGUUCCGGGGAAGCUGUACCAAGGUGGGCACCCCCAUUUGGUGUCGUUGAUGGUCCAUAUGCCAGACACUAUGCCAAGUGGCUCAUUCCUGAUCCUUCGUUUGAUGGUAUACAGCCCGAGUGGCAUUUUACUCCAGAAGCCUCACGUGCGAGAGCUUCGUUUGCUGAAGGGCGGACGACAAGAAAUAGCUUCACCGAAUCUGGAACUUCGCUUAAGGCUCGUUCAGGCCGUGGAGCUGGGAGCCAGAAGUUACAAUCUUUGUCAAGUGGCUAUCCUCAGCCAAAAGACAAGGCUGGCCCAUGUAUCUUGAAGCGCUCCGAUGGGAAGACAGUAAAGUUGGUAUGUCUUGAUUGCAACCGGGAGAACUUUUCAAGUACUCAGGGAUUUAUCAACCACUGCCGCAUUGCUCAUAAGAGGGACUUCAAGAGCCACGAGGAAGCAGCUGUGCAGAGCGGCCAUCCAAUCGAACAAGCAUACAUUGCUCUCAGAUCACGAAUUGCCGAUUCGCUUAGGCUUUAUCACCAAGGCAAGCUGCCUGGUGUCACCCAUAUCCCUUCGCUUCAUGGCAAACAUCGUGGGCUUGACGUGCAAUUGACUGCCUCUGUCGCAGGCGCUUCGGAUGUGCCCUUUCUCUCCCAUUUCUUGCAAAGUCGGAAGUUCGACGGUAACCUGCGUGAACUGGUUGCAGAUGCAAAGACAAAGAUCGCACUGGACGAUAUGACUUCCGGUGAAGAAUCGGAGCCUGCUGAGACAUCACUUGACGAGAUAGAAAUGGGAGAUCCGUCUGCUGUGCGGAAACCAGUCGUUAUGCGCGUGCCCGCAAAGGCUACUCAUUCUCCAACUGUCAUGGCCGCAUCAGUCCAUUCAGCCAGUAGCAAAGGCCGUGCUCCCCCAAUCGCUCUCAAGAGGUCUGCAAACUGUGGAUCGCAUAAUGCGAACCCUGUGCUCUCAGACGAAGAUUUGGACAUGGAAGAUGUUGACAUGAGCCCCAAUACCAUGGUCAGCAACAAUGCGCCUUCCCUUGUUAGUGAUGAUGGAGAGUACGAUGAUACGGAUGAUGGCUCAUCUGUUUCUGGCACAAGUGAUCAUCUCGAAACCGAGUCAGUGUCGGAUGUGGAAGAGAUCACGUUGGAUGACGACCAGGAUUCGCGCUCACUGCGUCGGGGAUCCAGCGGCGCGUCAGGCGCUGUAAGGCUUCGUAAGGACGACCCCAAGCAUGUUACUCUGAUGACGCCGGUCAAGAGUAAUGCCAGGGAACGAAAGUCGCGUAAACUUUGA